AUGACUCUUUGGCCAGUGCUAGCUGUGAUCACUAAAGCAGUGUCUCUUCUCCCAGACCCUGGUUUGACCAUCAGAGCAAAACCCAUUUAUGGUGGCUGGCUGCUCUUGGCUCCAGAUGGGACUGACUUUGACAAUCCAGUACAUCGGUCUCGGAAAUGGCAGCGGCGGUUCUUUAUCCUCUACGAGCAUGGCCUCCUGCGCUACGCCCUGGAUGAGAUGCCCACGACCCUCCCUCAGGGCACCAUCAACAUGAACCAGUGCACAGACGUGGUGGACGGAGAGGGACGGACAGGCCAGAAGUUCUCCCUGUGCAUUCUGACCCCUGAGAAGGAGCAUUUCAUUCGGGCAGAGACCAAGGAGAUCAUCAGCGGAUGGCUAGAGAUGCUCAUGGUCUAUCCCAGGACCAACAAGCAGAACCAGAAGAAGAAGCGGAAAGUGGAGCCUCCCACGCCACAGGAGCCAGGGCCAGCCAAGAUGGCCGUCACCAGCAGCAGCAGCAUCCCCAGCGCCGAGAAAGUCCCCACCACCAAGUCUACACUCUGGCAGGAAGAAAUGAGGGCCAAGGACCAGCCAGAGGAGAGCAGCCUGAGUCCAGCUCAGAGUCCCAGCCAGAGUCAGCCUCCUGCUACCAAUGCCCUGAGGGAACCUGGGCUGGAGGGUGAAGAUGAGGAGAGCGCCAUGAGCAGUGACCGCAUGGACUGUGGCCGCAAAGUCCGGGUGGAGAGUGGCUACUUCUCCCUGGAGAAGACCAAGCAGGACUUGAAGGCCGAGGAGCAUCCACUGCCCCAGCCGGUCUCCCCUCCCAGCCCCAGCACCCCCAACAACAGGAGGUCUCAGGUCAUCGAGAAAUUUGAAGCCUUGGACAUUGAGAAGGCAGAGCACAUGGAGACCAACUUGCCAGCGGGGCACUCGCCAUCAAGUGACACGCGCCAGGGCCGCAGUGAGAAGAGGGCGUUCCCUAGGAAGCGGGACCUCCCCAGUGAAGCCCCCACAGCUCCUCUCCCGGACGCCUCAGCCUCCCCCCUGUCUCCACACCGAAGAGCCAAGUCACUGGACAGGAGGUCCAUGGAGUCCUCACUGACGCCUGACCUGCUGAAUUUCAAGAAAGGCUGGCUGACCAAGCAGUACGAAGAUGGCCAGUGGAAGAAACACUGGUUUGUCCUUGCUGAUCAAAGCCUGAGAUACUACAGGGAUUCAGUGGCUGAGGAGGCGGCUGACUUGGAUGGGGAAAUUGACUUGUCUACAUGUUACGAUGUCACGGAGUAUCCAGUGCAGAGAAAUUAUGGCUUUCAGAUACAUACAAAGGAGGGCGAGUUCACUCUCUCAGCUAUGACAUCGGGAAUCCGGCGGAACUGGAUCCAGACCAUCAUGAAGCACGUCCAUCCGACCUCUGCCCCAGAUGUGACAAGCUCCUUGCCGGAGGAGAAAAGCCGCAUCAGCUCCUCCUUUGAGACCUGCCCAAGGCCAAGUGAGAAGCCGGAGGUGGAGCCCAGGGAGCCAGACCCUGAGCCGAAAAGGAGCCGAGCUCGGGAGCGCAGGCGGGAGGGGCGCUCCAAGACCUUCGACUGGGCUGAGUUCCGCCCCCUGCAGCAGGCCCUGGCUCAGGAGAGGGCGGGCGCAGGGCUGCCCAGCAGUCUCUCCGAGGCCGGGCCGGGGGAGCUGGAGCGGGAGCGGGCGCGCAGGCGGGAAGAGCGCCGUAAGCGCUUCGGGAUGCUUGACACAGUGGACGGGCCAGCCACUGACGACACGUCCUUGCGGAUGGAGGUGGAUCGGAGCCCGGGGCUACCUGUGACCCCCGACCUCAAGACACAGAAUGUCCAUGUGGAGAUCGAGCAGCGAUGGCAUCAGGUGGAGACCACCCCUCUCCGGGAAGAAAAGCAGGUGCCCAUUGCCCCUCUGCACCUGUCCUCUGAGGACAGAAGUGACCGGCUCUCUACUCAUGAGCUGACCUCCCUGCUGGAGAAGGAGUUGGAGCAGAGCCAGAAGGAGGCCUCAGACCUUUUGGAGCAGAACCGGCUCCUGCAGGACCAGCUGAGGGUGGCUCUGGGCCGGGAGCAGAGUGCCCGGGAGGGCUAUGUGCUGCAGACUGAAGUGGCCACCUCCCCAUCUGGCGCCUGGCAGAGGCUCCACAGAGUCAAUCAAGAUCUGCAAAGGGAGCUGGAGGUCCAGUGCCGGCGCCAGGGGCUGACUACGCAGCAGACCCAGGCCCUGAAGUGCAGCUACGGGGAGGCUGAGGAUGCAGUCCGGCACCAUGAGGCCGAAAUCCGCAGCCUCCAGGCGAGGCUCAGCACCGCUGCCGCCGAGCUCACCUUCAAGGAACAGGCACUGGCCCAGCUCAAGGGGGACCUGAAACUGGAGAAGGACAAGGCCCGUGAGCACUUGGAGGAGUGGCAGCACAGCAAGGCUGUGCUGAGCGGUCAGCUUCAGGCCAGCGAGCAGAAGCUCAAGAGCGCAGAGGCCCUGCUGCUGGAGAAGACGCGGGAGCUGCGGGACCUGGAGACGCAGCAGGCGCUGCAGAGAGACCGGCAGAAGGAGGUGCAAAGGCUGCAGGAGCGCAUCGGAGACCUCAGCCAGCAACUCAGUGCUAGCGAGCAGGCCCAGCGGCUGAUGGAGGAGAAGCUGCAGAGGAACUACGAGCUGCUGCUGGAGAGCUGUGAGAAGGAAAAGCAGGCAUUGCUGCAGAACCUGAAGGAGGUGGAGGACAAGGCCAGUGCCUACGAGGACCAGCUCCAGGACCACGAGCAGCAGGUGGAGGCCCUCCAGAGGGAGAAGUUAAGCGUCAGGUCUGAGGGCAGCCAGGCGGUGCGCCAGCUGGAGGAGCAGCUGCAGGCGAAGGAGGCCAGCCUCCAGACGCUGGCCCAGCACGUCCAGAGCCUCAGGGAUGAGCGGGACCUGGUCCGGCAGCGGUUCCAGGAGCUGACAGAGCGUGUCGCCCUGUCUGAUGGGGAUGUUGCGGAGCUUCAGCAGAAGCUGCAGGGCAGGGAGGCCGACUACCAGAGCCUGGAGCAUGCCUACCAGAGGGUGGCCAGCCAGCUCCAGGGCAUGCACACCCUGCUGAGAGAGAGGGAGGAGGAGCUGAGGCACAUCAAGGACAUGCAUGAGAAAGUUCUGGAAAAGAAAGAUCAGGCCCUCAAUGAGGCUUUGGUUAAAAUGGUUGCCUUGGGGAGCAGCUUAGAGGAAACAGAAAUGAAGCUCCAGACAAAGGAAGAGAUUUUAAGGAAAUUCACCAAGGCAUCUUCAGAGGAAGUGGAGGAGCCGCAGAGCUCCCUGGGAGAAGCAGAGGAUGGCUUUGCGCUUUCGGGCCUGCAGCUCCCAGCCUCAGACACAUCCCCAGGCUGCCCACACUUGAGGCUUGAGGAUGAGGACCCAGGGGCUGCCCUUAAGGAGAAACAUGGGCACAGCAGCCCCAGGAGAGAAGUGAGCAUGAUGCCCCCGAAGUCAGAAGUGCCUGAGAAGGAGGGGCACUCGCGGAACACAGCAAAAUGUGAGCAGUGUGUACCCGGCAUUAAAAGGCAAAGAAUCCGGUUCUCCACGAUCCAGUGCCAGAAAUACACCCACCCCGAUGGGUCCGAGAAGACCUGGACCAGCAGCACGUCUUCCGACACCAGUCAGGACCGGUCACCCUCCGAGGAGAGCAUGUCGUCAGAGGCCACCCUCAGCUCUGUCCCUGCAACCAGCGACUCUGAUACCUACCUCUCCAUAAUACACUCCCUGGAGACCAAGCUCUACAUCACAGAAGAGAAGCUCAAAGAUGUGACGGUGAAGCUGGAGAGCCAGCAGGGCCAGAGCCAGGAGGCCCUGCUCACACUGCACCACCAGUGGGCUGGCACUGAGGCCCGGCUCCGCGAGCAGCUCCGCGCCAGCCUGCUCCAGGUUGGCACGCUGGCCUCCCAAUUGGAGCAGGAGAAACAGGCCAGGGCGAAGAUCAUUGAAAAUCACGUAGGGGAGCUUGGCAAUUUCCAGGUAAAAAACACGCAGGCCCUUGCUUGCUUAGAAAAUUGCCGAGAACAGCUACGGUCUCUGCCAAGGUCUGGCCAGGAGGAAGCCCCGGGGGCAGGAGCAGGCCCCCUGGCCAGUGUGGAGAGCGUGCUAGUAAGCGCCAUCCAGGCUCUGCGUCACUGGCCAACCCCUGCAGACAGCAGGUCCCAGGCUCCGCUGGAAGAAGAGAGCUUCCUGGAGAGAGGGAAGGAGGCUCUGCGGCAGCCAUCCCCGCAGCCCGAGCUGACCGAGCAGGAGCAGCUGAAGCUUCUUGCUGAUCAAAUAGCUCUGGAAGCCUCUCUGAUAAACCACAUAGCAGACUCUUUAAAAAACACAACAUCAGAUAUCUCACACGUUCUCGAUGAGGUUUCUCAGUCAGGAAAGUUGCCCCUGGAGUCUGGGAGUGCAGUCUGUCUGGGGGCCCCAGCAGACACCUGGGCUAAGAAGGUGCUGGUGGAUGGUGAAUUCUGGAGCCAGGUUGAGUCCCUGAGUAAGCACCUGGGGACAGUGGGGGGAGUGGCAGCCAGUGCAUCAGGAGGUGGGCAGCAGAGCAUCCCACCAGCCCUGGUCCCCACCCUGGCAGACGCCACGUGGGUCCGGGCGGAGCUUAGCUUUGCUGUGCAGUCAGUGAGGGAGUCAUUCCACCGUCGGUUGCAGAGCAUUCGGGAGACUCUCCGGGGGACCCAGGCAGCCCUGCGGCAGCAUAAGCACGCACUGGGGGAAAUCCUGGGAGCGUACCGAACCCCUGACUUUGAGAGGGUGAUGCAGCAGGUCGCAGAGGCCCUCAAGCUCCCAGCAGGCACUGCAGAAGGUGUCCAGGCUCCCUGGGACUUGAGCCCAUUAAGAGAAGAACUGAGUCAUCAAGACACAGCUGGCUUCCAGGAGCCCUUCCACUUCUCGGACCAGAGCUCUGGGGCCUUCGUUGGGAUUCAGGAAGAACUCGCCCUGCAGCUUAAAGAUAAAGCCCGCCUCUUAGGAGAGAUAUCUGCCUCUUUAACUUCUCUUCCCCCUGUGGAAUCCAUAAGAGAUUGUCAGAAGCUUCUUCAGGUGUCCCAGAAUCUCUCCUGUAACACUUAUUUGGGAGGCCUUGGUCAGUAUUCUUCAUUAUUAGUUAAAGAUGCAAUUAUUCAGGCUCAGGUGUGUUAUGCAGCCUGCAAAAUUCGGCUGGAGUAUGAAAAAGAGCUUCAGUGCUACAAGGAGUCCUGGCAGAGCAGGGGGGCCUCCUGCCAGGAGCACGAGCAAGCUGUCGGAGCCCUGAAGGAGGAGUACAAGGAACUUCUCCGGAAGCAGAAGAGUGAGUACCUGGAAGUGAUUGCCAUCAUUCAAAGGGAAAAUGCAGAGCUCAAGGCCCAGGUCACCCAGCUAGACCAGCAGCAGAGGUAUCUGGAGGAAGUGGAGAGCAAGCACAACGAGAACAUGUUUGCCCUGCAAGGGAGGUACGAGGAGGAGAUCCGGUGUGUGGUGGAGCAGUUGAACAGAGCUGAGAAUACACUGCAGGCUGAGCACAGCCGAGUCCUGAGCCAGCUGGACGCCUCAGUCAGAGACAGGCAGGACAUGGAGAGGCACCAUGUGGAGCAGAUGCAGACCCUGGAGGACAAGUUCCAGCUCAAGGUCAAAGAACUACAGACCAUCCACGAGGAAGAGCUAAGGACCUUGCAGGAGCACUACUCCCAGAACCUACAGUGCCUGCAGGAGACCCUCUGCCACUAUCAGGGGCAGCCGCCGGAAGCCUUGCUGGCCAGCAGCCCCCACCAGCCCCCUUCCUCCACCUGGCCAGCUGGCCAGCCCAGGGAUGCUCUGCAAGUAGCCACUGGGGAGGCCGACUCCAUGGUGGGGCUGAGGGAGCGCAUCCAGGAGCUGGAGGCUCAGAUGGACGUCAUGCGGGAGGAGCUGGAGCACAAGGACCUGGAGGGUGACACGGCCACGCUGCGAGAGAAGUACCAGAAAGACUUUGAGAACCUUAAGGCCACCUGCGAACGAGGGUUUGCAGCAAUGGAAGAAACGCACCAGAAGAAGAUUGAAGAUCUCCAGAGGCAGCACCAGCGAGAGCUGGAGAAGCUGCGAGAGGAAAAAGACCGCCUCCUGGCUGAGGAGACUGCAGCCACCAUCUCAGCUAUUGAAGCCAUGAAGAACGCCCACCGGGAGGAGAUGGAGCGUGAGUUGGAGAAGAGCCAGCGGUCCCAGAUCAGCAGCAUCAACUCAGACAUCGAGGCCCUGCGGCGGCAGUAUCUGGAGGAGCUGCAGUCAGUGCAGCGGGAGCUGGAGGUGCUCUCGGAGCAGUACUCGCAGAAGUGCCUGGAGAACGCCCACCUGGCCCAGGCGCUGGAGGCCGAGCGGCAGGCCCUGCGGCAGUGCCAGCGCGAGAACCAGGAGCUCAAUGCCCAUAAUCAGGAGCUGAACAACCGCCUGGCUGCGGAGAUCGCCCGGUUACGGACACUGCUGACAGGGGACGCUGGUGGGGAGGCUGCUGGCUUGCCUCUCACGCAGGGCAAGGAUGCCUAUGAGUUAGAGGUUUUAUUGCGAGUCAAGGAAUCAGAAAUACAGUACCUAAAACAGGAGAUCAGCUCUCUCAAGGAUGAGCUACAAACAGCAUUGCGGGACAAGAAGUAUGCCAGUGACAAGUACAAGGACAUCUACAAGGAGCUCAGCAUCGUGCGGGCAAAGGCCGACUGCGACAUCAGCAGAUUGAAAGAGCAGCUGAAAACAGCCACGGAAGCACUGGGUGACAAGUCCCCCGAGAGCACCCCUGUGGCAGGAUAUGAUAUAAUGAAAUCUAAAAGCAACCCUGACUUCUUGAAAAAGGACAGAUCCUCUGUCAGUCGGCAACUCAGAAACAUCAGGUCCAAGAGUCUGAAGGAAGGCCUGACGGUGCAGGAACGCCUGAAGCUCUUUGAAUCCAGGGACUUGAAGAAAGAUUGACUGUGUCCUGUUCAAUUUGAACACACACCCUUCCCAGCUUGUGGCUGCACAACCCGAAUGCUACUUUCCGUCUGUACCUUUACUUUUUAUUAUUAUUGUUAUUGUUGUCAUUAUUGACUGUGGGUAUGGAUGCAUGAGAGACAGGUUUAUGGGUUGUUCACGCUGUUCCCUGCUGUGUUGAUGGACCUUUCUGUUGUCUUUACCCACUCUUGUUUCCAUGGUGAUCUACAGUAAGCCGAGGGGUGGAGAGGGCCGUCUGCUCCAGCUGGCUCUGUGUUGGAAUCCCUUCCCACUGUGGCCCCCUCCCUCCCUCAUGUCAGUAUUAAGGCCCGGCAGCCGAUAGAUAAGCUAGCUCUGCCUCGUGAGCUGAGCGCACUGCGCGCGGCCCGCUCUGCCGCACGCUGGUCGCUUGUGGGGGACAGCACUGGGUUGUGGUUUGGCUGGAUCGGAGCCCUGACAGCUCGUUGGCCUGCAGGAGCUGGGCAGCCGGGCGCGGUGUGUGGCCUUGGCUCCACCUGUGAACUUGGGAGGAGGCCAGCAUUUGGUAUCUGUCCCACUGAUGCAGCUAGAACCACACCCACGUGUUUGUGGUAAACUUUUCACAACCUUGAAGAUGUCGGAACAGCUUUUCCUGGUUUUGUCUGUUUUUUAUUAAAUCUGGCACAAAACCCCA